UGUCAAUACCUUGGAGAAACUUGAAACCGUUCGUGGGAACGUAAGGAUGCAAUCGACGCAUAAGGCAACAGAGGUUUGGAUUAAAGCUCAAAGAAUUUUGUUCCGAUAUAUGUGUACGCUAUUAAGCGAAAAAAAGGUUGUAAAUACCAUGCGUCCUCAAUCCGUAACUGUAUGGCUGCAAUUUGAACCAACAUACGGUGACGCCGAAUUCCGUGGAGAUUCUUAA